UCCAUUCCCUAGGGAUUGAGAUGCUUUGCGCCGAGCAUCGCGAGACAUGUUCGAUUUGGAGAACAAGGUAGCAAACAAUUCGUUGGCAAGAUAUUAGCCUUCCCAUUCCCAUUCCCAUUCCCUGUGCUGACUCAACUCCUCAUACCCAACGCAACAAUAGCACAGUCAUCAUAUCCAUCAACAAAACCACCAUGGGAUCCAACGAAGUCUCCGCCAUGGCCUCCGAGCUUGACCCUGAAAGCACCGCGCGUCCACUGCAUGUAUGUAUCGCUGGAGCGGGCAUCGGAGGUCUUUCAGCAGCUAUCGCGCUUCGCCAAGCUGGUCACCGUGUUGUGCUAUAUGAGUCCUCCCGAUUUGCAGUAGAAAUCGGGGCGGCGAUUCACCUGCCACCAAACGUAAAUGGUCUUUUGAGACGAUUUGGUACGCGCCCUGAGGAGUGGGGCGCCAACCAGGCAGAGCAUGUUACCUUGUAUUCCAAGGACGGUAGCAUCAUUAGCACGAAGAAUAUUGCUGAAUUGUCGCUCGCAUACCCAUACCCGUGGCAGCUCAGUCACCGUGUAGAUCUCCACGAGGAGCUCAAGCGUCUUGCAACUACGCUCGACGGACCAGGAAUUCCAGCAAUUAUCAAGACACAGUCGCAGGUUAUCUCAUGUGACCCAGAGACACCUUCGUUGGUGUUGAAGGAUGGAACAGUGGUCGGCGCAGAUAUGGUUCUUGGAGCAGACGGUGUGCAUUCUGUACUGCGUCGUAUUAUUACUGGUCAAGAUAUCCAGCCUCAGUUGUCCGGUGGCAGCGCUUUUCGCUUCUUGGUUCCUGUUUCCCAGGUCAAGGCAGAUCCGAGAACUGCUUGGAUUCUUGAGCGAUCUGGCGAGCUGCAGUUGUGGGAGGGCACAAACAGAAGAUUGGUCAUUUACCCUUGCAGGAACAACACAGAGCUCAACUUUGUCUGUUUGCAUCCUGAAAUUGAAAGCGCUGGAAGCAAAGAAGGAUGGAAUAACUCGGCAUCGAGACAGCAGCUGUUGACUGUUUAUGACGAGUACUGCGAGGGUAUCAAGGUCCUGCUAUCGAUGGCCGAUGAAUCAUCAAUCAGGCUUUGGAAACUCCUAGAUCGUCCGUCACUUCCAACUUGGAUUAAUAAUAAAGCUGCGCUUUUGGGUGAUGCCGCGCACCCCUUUUUACCUUAUCAAGGACAAGGCGGAGCGCAGGCUAUUGAAGAUGGCGCUGCUCUUGGAGCUUUGUUUCCGCUUGGCGUCACGCCUUCUGAAGUUCCGGAACGGCUCGAACUGUAUAUGAAAUGUCGAUAUGACCGAGCAACUCUGGUGCAGAACUUUUCGCGUGCAGCUGCAUUCAAGCAUAGUGACAACGAUGAUGUUGGAGGUAUUAGCACUGAUCCUCUAGAGUUUUCCAAAAUCAACUUCGGUCACGAUGCGCACGAUAACGCGCAGGCCAUCCUUCUCAACCACUUGGCCUCGAAAGCUGCUGUUUUCACGGUAUCAGGGAUUUUCGGCCCACUGCCUGGCCCUACUCAAGACGCCUUCGGUAAUCCACGCUUAAUGCCUCAAUCCAGCUAUUUCACCAGCUACGUCACUUUUAAAACUCAUUUGAGCUAUCUCAGGACUUUCCUGCCGCUCACUAGCUCCUUGCGGUUUGCCCAACCAGGCGGAUGGGCCACCGCCACCCUUGCCCUGACGAAACACAGCAAUGUACCUUGGCUCGGUUACCGCAGCUACAGCCGCCUGGGCCUCUAUCUGCACAACGUCCAGGACAGUGACGGCGGUAAGCCUGACUUGUACUGCGCAGCCGCAUUUGAGGACUCGGCGGAUGCGGUGGUCGCACAUCGAGAAGCAGGUAAGGUGCCCGUAUUCUUCGCGCAGCUCGCCGCGUCUUUUUCGCCAACUUCCUUCUCGCUGAGCGCAAGUUGGGAGGGCCGACCGAUCCUUUUGAUGUCUUUGAAGGGGCUUUUCGAAGCGAAGUCAUCCGAAGAAGCAACGCCGUUCUCUCCGCCAGAGGUGACGGCGAAGGCCAAUAUGGGCACGUGGGAGGCAGAAAAGGCGGAUCUCACUUAUACGCAGCUCGAAGGGAGUGCGCUCGCAGAGGAGUUUCCGACUCUGUCUCCCGUGAUUGAACGGUUGAGGGGCAUUGCUCUACAGGAAGUAGUGAGUGCGGGUAUUGUGGCUUGUCCUAGGGACAUUGUUGUAUGAGCGGUUUGAUGAGAGGAGAGGGAGAGAGAGACAGUAACUUAGAUCGUCGAGGGCAGACAUUAGCAGCCCUAUGUGGCGGAAACCCAGUGUGCCGGAAAAUUAGACAAAUUUCAACGUUCAAAAGUCGCUGCAGCAUACGGUCCCGUCCUUGAGCUCUUCCAGAGUCCACAUGUCAACCUCUUCACAGAUAGGAG